CCGAUCACUAAAGAUAUGGAAGGGAAUGAAAAUGGCCAGGCACAAGCCACCGGUGCAGUAGCUGGAGUCUUCCUGGAGAAGACAAAGCAGAAGAUAACAAUAUAUCAGGCCAUGAAGAAACGUCUACUGAAGCCUGGCACAGCAUUGGCCUUGUUGGAGGCCCAGGCUGCCACUGAGGGAAUCAUAGACCUUAUCAACAACCGGAAACUUCCAGUAGAAGAAGCUGUCAAGGAAGGAAUAAUUGGACCUGAGAUGAGAGAAAAACUCCUUGUUGCUGAGAGAGCCAUUGAUGGUUAUAUAGAUCCGUAUACAAAUGAAAAAAUGUCUGUAUUCCAAGCCAUACAAAAGGAUGUGAUUCCAAAAAAUUAUGGAUCCCGGUUGCUUGAGGCACAGAUAUCCACAAAAGGCCUAUUUGACCCAGUUGAAAAAAAACAUGUUUCAGUGUACUCAGCGAUUGAGAAGGGACACUAUGAAAAAGGUUUACUCUCUGACCAGAUGGAAGACCUCAAAGUUUUCUAUGAUCCAAACUCACAAGAAAAUCUUAACUACUUACAUCUGAUAGAGAAAUGCAUAGUGGAUCCUGACACUGGCUUACUGCUGCUCCCAGUAUGCAUCACCUUCAAAGGCCUGCGAAGGGGGGUGUCCUCCACUGAGCUCCUGGCAGCAAACAUCAUUGACAAAGAGACCUAUGACGACUUGCAGGAAGGCAAAACAACCACUCAGGAUGUGAUGCUCAUGGAGACUGUGAAAGAGUACCUGGAAGGUAAAGGAGGUAUCUCUGGUGUAGCUAUGCUCUCGUCCAAUCAGAGAAUGAGUAUCUAUCAAGCCAUGAAGCAGGGCAUUCUCAUGCCUGGAACAGCUCUAGUUCUUCUUGAGGCACAGGCUGCCACUGGUUUUAUGAUUGACCCUGUUCAGAACAAGAAAUUCAGUGUGGACGAGGCUAUUAAAAACAAAGUUGUGGGCCCUGACUACCAUGCUAAACUGCUUUCGGCUGAGCGGGCAGUCACAGGAUACAAAGACCCCUACACAAGUGAAACAAUAUCCCUGUUUCAGGCAUUGUCAAAGGACCUAAUUGUGAAGGAGCAUGGCAUUCGCUUACUGGAAGCUCAAAUUGCCACAGGAGGAAUAAUUGAUCCCAUCAACAGUCAUAGACUUCCUGUGGACGUGGCCUACAAGCGAGGUUUCUUUGAUGAAAACAUGAAUGCAAUACUUGCAGACUCAGGAGAUGACACCAAAGGAUUCUUUGAUCCAAACACAAAGGAAAAUCUGACAUACCUUCAGCUGAUGGGACGAUGUGUCAUCGACCCAGCCACUGGACUCUGCCUGCUUCCUCUUAUGGAACAGUCAGGUGGUCGGAAUCAUAAUUUCAUCGACUAUCAAACCAAACUUAACUUCAAAGAAGUGAGAGUGAGGGUGACUUGUGGGAAGUACAUGGGAAUGAUUGUAUCCCUUUGGGAAUUGCUGAUGUCAGAAUACUUCAACGAACAUCAGAGGCAAGACAUCAUUCGGCAAUACACACAGGGACACCUUACAAUGAAGAUGAUGAUCAGAAAAAUUAUGGAGGUUAUAGAGCAAUCAGUGAAAAGAACCAACGUUGUCUUUGAAGGAAUCCGGGAGACUGUCACAGCAAAGCAGCUGGUAGAGGCAGAUAUCAUUAGUGAGAAUAUCCUGGAGGAACUCAACAAGGGGAAGAAGACAGUGAAGGAGGUCACAGAGGAUGAAACUGUUCAAAUGUACUUACAAGGGAAAGACAGCAUUGCAGGUGUUUUGCUUCCUGAUUCUCAGAUCAUGACAAUCUACCAGGCCAGACAAAAGGGAAAGCUAAUGCCAGGAACUGCACUGAUUCUACUGGAAGCUCAAGCAGCAACAGGCUUCAUCAUUGACCCUAUUGCCAAUAGAAAGUUUUCAGUGGAUGAGGCAGUGAAGGCAAACAUAGUGGGACCUGACCUUCAUGGAAAGCUGCGUUCGGCCGAGAAAGCAGUGACUGGUUACAAAGAUCCAUACACUGGCAAAACCAUCUCUCUGUUCCAAGCCAUGCAGAAAGACCUCAUCUUACAAGACCAUGGAAUUCGUCUGCUGGAGGCACAGAUUGCCACUGGAGGAAUCAUUGACCCUCUUAACAGCCAUCGUAUUCCUGUCCAUGUAGCAUACAAGAGGGGAUAUUUCAAUGAGGAAAUGAAUCAGAUUCUUGAUGAUCCAAGUGAUGACACUAAGGGCUUCUUUGACCCCAACACUCAUGAAAACCUCACAUACCUGAAGCUCAUGGCUAGGUGUGUCACUGAUCCAAGCACAGGCCUUUGUCUUCUGCCCCUCAAAGGCAAAAGCAACAGAGUCAACAUACAAGAUCACAUAAAGGAGACAUUCCAAGCUACAAAUGUCACUGUUAAGUAUGGCAGGUUCAGCUGCAAGCAUGUAACACUCUGGGAUCUCAUCAACUCUGAAUAUCUGUGUGAGGACAAAAGGCAGGAGUUAUUCAAACUGUACAAGUCAAGGAUGAUCACAAUCAAUGAAAUCAUUGUAAUUAUCCUGGAAAUCAUUGAAUGCAAGGAGAUAAAGUGGCAAGCUGGUCUUAACUUUGAGGGUCUGAGGGGGAAUGUUUCUGUUGUGGACCUUUUGAGGUUGGAAAUUGUGGAUGAAAAGACAUACAAAAGUCUGAUUGAAGGGAAACUGACCAACAAGGAUAUACUGAAGAUAGACACAGUUAGAACCUAUCUGAGAGGAAACAGCUGUGUAGCCGGGGUGAUACUCCAACCCUCCAAUCAAAAACUGAGCAUCUAUGAGGCCAAGAAAAAGGGCAUCCUUACUCCUGGUACUGCGCUAUCUCUUCUGGAAGCACAAGCUGCCACAGGCUUUAUCAUUGACCCUCUCCAUAACCAGAAACUGACUGUGGAUCAUGCUCUGAAAGAGAAGAUAAUUGGCCCAGAACUGUAUGAAAAGCUCUUAUCAGCAGAGAAGGCAGUAACUGGCUACACAGACCCCUACACUGACAAAAAGAUCUCACUCUUUCAAGCCAUGAAGAAAGAUCUGAUCCUGCAGCAGCAUGGCAUUCGUUUACUUGAAGCCCAGAUUGCAACAGGUGGCAUCAUUGACCCAUUGAAGUGUCUGCAUUUGCCCCUUGAAGUUGCUUACAGAAAGGGAUACUUUGAUGUAGAGCUUAAUCAAAUCCUGACAGAUCCCAGUGAUGACACCAAGGGAUUUGUUGACCCAAGGACACAAGCAAACUUGACCUACAUGGAAAUGAUGGAGCAGUGCAUAAAGGACCCAGAGACGGGUCUGUUUCUUCUGCCACUGAUGGACAAAACAAAAACACAGGAUGAAACUGAAAAAAUGUACUCAGACGCUGAGAUUAAACAGGAGUUUGAAAAGACAACUGUUAGCAUAUCAGUAGGGCGUUAUUCAGGAAAGACGGUCUCUCUUUGGUAUUUGAUUCACUCUGGAUACUUUACUGAUGAUCAGAGACUCCAGUUCCUUGAAAAAUACAGAACAAAGAAGAUAACCAUACAAGUAAUAAUCACUUUGGUCAUUUCCACCAUUACAAAACUGGAAGAGAACAAAACUCUGAAAACAACAAAAGGUUUGAGAAAGCCAGUCUCUGCAAAACAGCUAUUGAAAUCAAGCAUAAUCGAUGCCAAUACCUUCAGGAGUUUGGAGGAAGGAAAAGUAACUCUUGAACAAGUGACCAAAAUGGAAUCUGUGAAGCAAUACCUAAGAGGUACAGGAAGUGUUGCUGGCGUCCAGAUUCUUCCAUCCAAAAAUGUAAUGAGCAUUUAUGAGGCAAAGACACAAGGUUUGCUAACACCUGGUACUGCACUGAAACUGCUUGAGGCUCAGGCUGCAACAGGGUUUGUCAUCGAUCCAAUCAAGAACAAAUAUCUAUCUGUUGAUGAGGCCGCAAGAGAACGACUAAUUGGACUAGAAAUACAUGAAAAACUACUCUCAGCUGAACGAGCAGUCACUGGAUAUGUAGAUCCAUACACAGAUGACACAAUAUCUUUAUUUGAAGCCAUGAAAAAAGAUCUGAUCGAGAAAGGCCAUGGGAUACAUCUGCUAGAGGCACAAAUUGCAACAGGGGGAAUAAUUGACCCAGUCAACAGCUACAGGAUACCUUCUCAUGUCGCCAAGAAAAAUGGCUACCUUGAUGAAGAAACAAGUGAAGUAAUGUCUAAUCCAAAUGAUGACACAAAAGGAUUCUUUGACCCCAGCACCAAGGAAAACCUAACAUACCUUCAGUUAAUAGAGAGAUGUGAAAAGGAUUCUCAUACAGGACUUUUACUCCUACCAUUACAUGUAGAAGAUGGAGGUGACUUUCACACAGAUGAACAAACAGAGCAGGAAUUCAAAGACAAAAUUGUGGUCAUCAAUGCAGGUAAAUUUGAAGACAAACAAGUGUCAAUGUGGGAUGUGUUAAUCUCUGAAUACAUUUCAAAACUGAAAAGAGAGCAGCUCUUGAAACAGUACAAGACAAGAUCAUUGACAAUGAAAGAGAUAAUAGAAAUAGUCAUCAUAAUAAUACAGGAAGUGACAUCAAAACAAAUAAAGUUCAAAGGACUGAGGAAGCAGGUAUCGGCAAGUGAGCUUUAUGAGUCACAAAUCAUAUCAAAGGAACUCUUCACUCAGAUUAUCCAUGGAGAAGUUACUGAAGAGACUGUAGGGGAAAUGGAAUCAAUUCAAAAGUACCUUGGGGCAACAAAUUCCAUUGCAGGAGUAAGAAUUGAAUCCACCAAAGAGAUAAUGAGCAUCUACGAGGCCAAAUCCAAAGGUCUUCUAACUCCUGGGACCUCUCUGGUUCUGCUGGAGGCUCAAGCUGCCACUGGAUUUGUCAUUGACCCAGUGAAGAACAAGAAGCUCUCUGUAGAAGAGGCAUCCGCUCAAGGUGUGGUUGGGAACGAGUGGAAGAACAAACUGCUUUCAGCAGAGAGGGCAGUCACUGGAUACAAAGAUCCCUACACAGGAAACACAAUUUCCUUGUUCCAGGCCUUGAAAAAGGAUCUAAUUGUCAAGGACCAUGGAAUUCGCCUUCUUGAGGCACAGAUUGCAACUGGUGGAAUCAUUGAUCCAGUGUACAGUCAUAGAGUGCCAGUAGAGGUGGCGUACCAGAGAGGAUACUUUGAUGAGGAAAUGAACCAGAUCCUCGAUGACCCUGACGAUGACACCAAGGGCUUUUUUGACCCCAACACACAAGAAAACCUCACCUACCUGCAGCUUGUGGAGAGGUGUGUGACAGACCCAGAUACUGGCCUUAGCUUACUUGUAAUUGUCAAAAAAGGAGAGUUUUACUUCUUCAUUGAUGAGCAAACCAAGAACAUUCUAAAGGCUAUGACAACAACUAAGGCCGGAGGCAAAUUUCAAGGACAGAAAGUGUCUCUAUGGGAUCUCCUCUACUCAAAAUACAUCACAGAGGAGAGAAGGAGAGAGCUUGUGCAGCAGUAUAAAUCCGGAGCAAUCACUAUUGAACGCUUCAUGGAGAUUAUCCUAGCAAGUAUUCAACAAAAGACUACCACCACAAUAACCACAACAUCUUCAGUGUCAACAUGCACACCACCACCUGAGACAAAGUCAGAGAAAACAACCAUCACCACAACAACCACAGAGACAAGCUUCCAUGGUAUCAGGAAGAAUGUCACCGCUGGCGAGCUGCUUGCCUCAAAAAUCAUUGACAAGAAACUCUAUGAAGACCUCAACACAGGAAAAGUCACAGUGAACCAAGUGAGUGAAAUGGACUCAGUACACAAGUACUUGGAGGGAACUAAUAGCAUUGCAGGUGUAUAUGUUCAGUCCACCAAACAGACCAUGAGCAUCUACGAGGCCAAAUCCAAAGGUCUUCUAACUCCUGGGACCUCUCUGGUUCUGCUGGAGGCUCAAGCUGCCACUGGAUUUGUCAUUGACCCAGUGAAGAACAAGAAGCUCUCUGUAGAAGAGGCAUCCGCUCAAGGUGUGGUUGGGAACGAGUGGAAGAACAAACUGCUUUCAGCAGAGAGGGCAGUCACUGGAUACAAAGAUCCCUACACAGGAAACACAAUUUCCUUGUUCCAGGCCUUGAAAAAGGAUCUAAUUGUCAAGGACCAUGGAAUUCGCCUUCUUGAGGCACAGAUUGCAACUGGUGGAAUCAUCGAUCCAGUGUACAGUCAUAGAGUGCCAGUAGAGGUGGCGUACCAGAGAGGAUACUUUGAUGAGGAAAUGAACCAGAUCCUCGAUGACCCUGACGAUGACACCAAGGGCUUUUUUGACCCCAACACACAAGAAAACCUCACCUACCUGCAGCUUGUGGAGAGGUGUGUGACAGACCCAGAUACUGGCCUUAGCUUACUUGUAAUUGUCAAAAAAGGAGAGUUUUACUUCUUCAUUGAUGAGCAAACCAAGAACAUUCUAAAGGCUAUGACAACAACUAAGGCCGGAGGCAAAUUUCAAGGACAGAAAGUGUCUCUAUGGGAUCUCCUCUACUCAAAAUACAUCACAGAGGAGAGAAGGAGAGAGCUUGUGCAGCAGUAUAAAUCCGGAGCAAUCACUAUUGAACGCUUCAUGGAGAUUAUCCUAGCAAGUAUUCAACAAAAGACUACCACCACAAUAACCACAACAUCUUCAGUGUCAACAUGCACACCACCACCUGAGACAAAGUCAGAGAAAACAACCAUCACCACAACAACCACAGAGACAAGCUUCCAUGGUAUCAGGAAGAAUGUCACCGCUGGCGAGCUGCUUGCCUCAAAAAUCAUUGACAAGAAACUCUAUGAAGACCUCAACACAGGAAAAGUCACAGUGAACCAAGUGAGUGAAAUGGACUCAGUACACAAGUACUUGGAGGGAACUAAUAGCAUUGCAGGUGUAUAUGUUCAGUCCACCAAACAGACCAUGAGCAUCUACGAGGCCAAAUCCAAAGGUCUUCUAACUCCUGGGACCUCUCUGGUUCUGCUGGAGGCUCAAGCUGCCACUGGAUUUGUCAUUGACCCAGUGAAGAACAAGAAGCUCUCUGUAGAAGAGGCAUCCGCUCAAGGUGUGGUUGGGAACGAGUGGAAGAACAAACUGCUUUCAGCAGAGAGGGCAGUCACUGGAUACAAAGAUCCCUACACAGGAAACACAAUUUCCUUGUUCCAGGCCUUGAAAAAGGAUCUAAUUGUCAAGGACCAUGGAAUUCGCCUUCUUGAGGCACAGAUUGCAACUGGUGGAAUCAUCGAUCCAGUGUACAGUCAUAGAGUGCCAGUAGAGGUGGCGUACCAGAGAGGAUACUUUGAUGAGGAAAUGAACCAGAUCCUCGAUGACCCUGACGAUGACACCAAGGGCUUUUUUGACCCCAACACACAAGAAAACCUCACCUACCUGCAGCUUGUGGAGAGGUGUGUGACAGACCCAGAUACUGGCCUUAGCUUACUUGUAAUUGUCAAAAAAGGAGAGUUUUACUUCUUCAUUGAUGAGCAAACCAAGAACAUUCUAAAGGCUAUGACAACAACUAAGGCCGGAGGCAAAUUUCAAGGACAGAAAGUGUCUCUAUGGGAUCUCCUCUACUCAAAAUACAUCACAGAGGAGAGAAGGAGAGAGCUUGUGCAGCAGUAUAAAUCCGGAGCAAUCACUAUUGAACGCUUCAUGGAGAUUAUCCUAGCAAGUAUUCAACAAAAGACUACCACCACAAUAACCACAACAUCUUCAGUGUCAACAUGCACACCACCACCUGAGACAAAGUCAGAGAAAACAACCAUCACCACAACAACCACAGAGACAAGCUUCCAUGGUAUCAGGAAGAAUGUCACCGCUGGCGAGCUGCUUGCCUCAAAAAUCAUUGACAAGAAACUCUAUGAAGACCUCAACACAGGAAAAGUCACAGUGAACCAAGUGAGUGAAAUGGACUCAGUACACAAGUACUUGGAGGGAACUAAUAGCAUUGCAGGUGUAUAUGUUCAGUCCACCAAACAGACCAUGAGCAUCUACGAGGCCAAAUCCAAAGGUCUUCUAACUCCUGGGACCUCUCUGGUUCUGCUGGAGGCUCAAGCUGCCACUGGAUUUGUCAUUGACCCAGUGAAGAACAAGAAGCUCUCUGUAGAAGAGGCAUCCGCUCAAGGUGUGGUUGGGAACGAGUGGAAGAACAAACUGCUUUCAGCAGAGAGGGCAGUCACUGGAUACAAAGAUCCCUACACAGGAAACACAAUUUCCUUGUUCCAGGCCUUGAAAAAGGAUCUAAUUGUCAAGGACCAUGGAAUUCGCCUUCUUGAGGCACAGAUUGCAACUGGUGGAAUCAUCGAUCCAGUGUACAGUCAUAGAGUGCCAGUAGAGGUGGCGUACCAGAGAGGAUACUUUGAUGAGGAAAUGAACCAGAUCCUCGAUGACCCUGACGAUGACACCAAGGGCUUUGACCCCAACACACAAGAAAACCUCACCUACCUGCAGCUUGUGGAGAGGUGUGUGACAGACCCAGAUACUGGCCUUAGCUUACUUGUAAUUGUCAAAAAGGAGAGUUUUACUUCUUCAUUGAUGAGCAAAAAGAACAUUCUAAAGGCUAUGACAACAACUAAGGCCGGAGGCAAAUUUCAAGGACAGAAAGUGUCUCUAUGGGAUCUCCUCUACUCAAAAUACAUCACAGAGGAGAGAAGGAGAGAGCUUGUGCAGCAGUAUAAAUCCGGAGCAAUCACUAUUGAACGCUUCAUGGAGAUUAUCCUAGCAAGUAUUCAACAAAAGACUACCACCACAAUAACCACAACAUCUUCAGUGUCAACAUGCACACCACCACCUGAGACAAAGUCAGAGAAAACAACCAUCACCACAACAACCACAGAGACAAGCUUCCAUGGUAUCAGGAAGAAUGUCACCGCUGGCGAGCUGCUUGCCUCAAAAAUCAUUGACAAGAAACUCUAUGAAGACCUCAACACAGGAAAAGUCACAGUGAACCAAGUGAGUGAAAUGGACUCAGUACACAAGUACUUGGAGGGAACUAAUAGCAUUGCAGGUGUAUAUGUUCAGUCCACCAAACAGACCAUGAGCAUCUACGAGGCCAAAUCCAAAGGUCUUCUAACUCCUGGGACCUCUCUGGUUCUGCUGGAGGCUCAAGCUGCCACUGGAUUUGUCAUUGACCCAGUGAAGAACAAGAAGCUCUCUGUAGAAGAGGCAUCCGCUCAAGGUGUGGUUGGGAACGAGUGGAAGAACAAACUGCUUUCAGCAGAGAGGGCAGUCACUGGAUACAAAGAUCCCUACACAGGAAACACAAUUUCCUUGUUCCAGGCCUUGAAAAAGGAUCUAAUUGUCAAGGACCAUGGAAUUCGCCUUCUUGAGGCACAGAUUGCAACUGGUGGAAUCAUCGAUCCAGUGUACAGUCAUAGAGUGCCAGUAGAGGUGGCGUACCAGAGAGGAUACUUUGAUGAGGAAAUGAACCAGAUCCUCGAUGACCCUGACGAUGACACCAAGGGCUUUUUUGACCCCAACACACAAGAAAACCUCACCUACCUGCAGCUUGUGGAGAGGUGUGUGACAGACCCAGAUACUGGCCUUAGCUUACUUGUAAUUGAAAAAGGAGAGUUUUACUUCUUCAUUGAUGAGCAAACCAAGAACAUUCUAAAGGCUAUGACAACAACUAAGGCCGGAGGCAAAUUUCAAGGACAGAAAGUGUCUCUAUGGGAUCUCCUCUACUCAAAAUACAUCACAGAGGAGAGAAGGAGAGAGCUUGUGCAGCAUUAUAAAUCCGGAGCAAUCACUAUUGAACGCUUCAUGGAGAUUAUCCUAGCAAGUAUUCAACAAAAGACUACCACCACAAUAACCACAACAUCUUCAGUGUCAACAUGCACACCACCACCUGAGACAAAGUCAGAGAAAACAACCAUCACCACAACAACCACAGAGACAAGCUUCCAUGGUAUCAGGAAGAAUGUCACCGCUGGCGAGCUGCUUGCCUCAAACAUCAUUGACAAGAAACUCUAUGAAGACCUCAACACAGGAAAAGUCACAGUGAACCAAGUGAGUGAAAUGGACUCAGUACACAAGUACUUGGAGGGAACUAAUAGCAUUGCAGGUGUAUAUGUUCAGUCCACCAAACAGACCAUGAGCAUCUACGAGGCCAAAUCCAAAGGUCUUCUAACUCCUGGGACCUCUCUGGUUCUGCUGGAGGCUCAAGCUGCCACUGGAUUUGUCAUUGACCCAGUGAAGAACAAGAAGCUCUCUGUAGAAGAGGCAUCCGCUCAAGGUGUGGUUGGGAACGAGUGGAAGAACAAACUGCUUUCAGCAGAGAGGGCAGUCACUGGAUACAAAGAUCCCUACACAGGAAACACAAUUUCCUUGUUCCAGGCCUUGAAAAAGGAUCUAAUUGUCAAGGACCAUGGAAUUCGCCUUCUUGAGGCACAGAUUGCAACUGGUGGAAUCAUCGAUCCAGUGUACAGUCAUAGAGUGCCAGUAGAGGUGGCGUACCAGAGAGGAUACUUUGAUGAGGAAAUGAACCAGAUCCUCGAUGACCCUGACGAUGACACCAAGGGCUUUUUUGACCCCAACACACAAGAAAACCUCACCUACCUGCAGCUUGUGGAGAGGUGUGUGACAGACCCAGAUACUGGCCUUAGCUUACUUGUAAUUGUCAAAAAAGGAGAGUUUUACUUCUUCAUUGAUGAGCAAACCAAGAACAUUCUAAAGGCUAUGACAACAACUAAGGCCGGAGGCAAAUUUCAAGGACAGAAAGUGUCUCUAUGGGAUCUCCUCUACUCAAAAUACAUCACAGAGGAGAGAAGGAGAGAGCUUGUGCAGCAGUAUAAAUCCGGAGCAAUCACUAUUGAACGCUUCAUGGAGAUUAUCCUAGCAAGUAUUCAACAAAAGACUACCACCACAAUAACCACAACAUCUUCAGUGUCAACAUGCACACCACCACCUGAGACAAAGUCAGAGAAAACAACCAUCACCACAACAACCACAGAGACAAGCUUCCAUGGUAUCAGGAAGAAUGUCACCGCUGGCGAGCUGCUUGCCUCAAAAAUCAUUGACAAGAAACUCUAUGAAGACCUCAACACAGGAAAAGUCACAGUGAACCAAGUGAGUGAAAUGGACUCAGUACACAAGUACUUGGAGGGAACUAAUAGCAUUGCAGGUGUAUAUGUUCAGUCCACCAAACAGACCAUGAGCAUCUACGAGGCCAAAUCCAAAGGUCUUCUAACUCCUGGGACCUCUCUGGUUCUGCUGGAGGCUCAAGCUGCCACUGGAUUUGUCAUUGACCCAGUGAAGAACAAGAAGCUCUCUGUAGAAGAGGCAUCCGCUCAAGGUGUGGUUGGGAACGAGUGGAAGAACAAACUGCUUUCAGCAGAGAGGGCAGUCACUGGAUACAAAGAUCCCUACACAGGAAACACAAUUUCCUUGUUCCAGGCCUUGAAAAAGGAUCUAAUUGUCAAGGACCAUGGAAUUCGCCUUCUUGAGGCACAGAUUGCAACUGGUGGAAUCAUCGAUCCAGUGUACAGUCAUAGAGUGCCAGUAGAGGUGGCGUACCAGAGAGGAUACUUUGAUGAGGAAAUGAACCAGAUCCUCGAUGACCCUGACGAUGACACCAAGGGCUUUUUUGACCCCAACACACAAGAAAACCUCACCUACCUGCAGCUUGUGGAGAGGUGUGUGACAGACCCAGAUACUGGCCUUAGCUUACUUGUAAUUGUCAAAAAAGGAGAGUUUUACUUCUUCAUUGAUGAGCAAACCAAGAACAUUCUAAAGGCUAUGACAACAACUAAGGCCGGAGGCAAAUUUCAAGGACAGAAAGUGUCUCUAUGGGAUCUCCUCUACUCAAAAUACAUCACAGAGGAGAGAAGGAGAGAGCUUGUGCAGCAGUAUAAAUCCGGAGCAAUCACUAUUGAACGCUUCAUGGAGAUUAUCCUAGCAAGUAUUCAACAAAAGACUACCACCACAAUAACCACAACAUCUUCAGUGUCAACAUGCACACCACCACCUGAGACAAAGUCAGAGAAAACAACCAUCACCACAACAACCACAGAGACAAGCUUCCAUGGUAUCAGGAAGAAUGUCACCGCUGGCGAGCUGCUUGCCUCAAAAAUCAUUGACAAGAAACUCUAUGAAGACCUCAACACAGGAAAAGUCACAGUGAACCAAGUGAGUGAAAUGGACUCAGUACACAAGUACUUGGAGGGAACUAAUAGCAUUGCAGGUGUAUAUGUUCAGUCCACCAAACAGACCAUGAGCAUCUACGAGGCCAAAUCCAAAGGUCUUCUAACUCCUGGGACCUCUCUGGUUCUGCUGGAGGCUCAAGCUGCCACUGGAUUUGUCAUUGACCCAGUGAAGAACAAGAAGCUCUCUGUAGAAGAGGCAUCCGCUCAAGGUGUGGUUGGGAACGAGUGGAAGAACAAACUGCUUUCAGCAGAGAGGGCAGUCACUGGAUACAAAGAUCCCUACACAGGAAACACAAUUUCCUUGUUCCAGGCCUUGAAAAAGGAUCUAAUUGUCAAGGACCAUGGAAUUCGCCUUCUUGAGGCACAGAUUGCAACUGGUGGAAUCAUCGAUCCAGUGUACAGUCAUAGAGUGCCAGUAGAGGUGGCGUACCAGAGAGGAUACUUUGAUGAGGAAAUGAACCAGAUCCUCGAUGACCCUGACGAUGACACCAAGGGCUUUUUUGACCCCAACACACAAGAAAACCUCACCUACCUGCAGCUUGUGGAGAGGUGUGUGACAGACCCAGAUACUGGCCUUAGCUUACUUGUAAUUGAAAAAGGAGAGUUUUACUUCUUCAUUGAUGAGCAAACCAAGAACAUUCUAAAGGCUAUGACAACAACUAAGGCCGGAGGCAAAUUUCAAGGACAGAAAGUGUCUCUAUGGGAUCUCCUCUACUCAAAAUACAUCACAGAGGAGAGAAGGAGAGAGCUUGUGCAGCAGUAUAAAUCCGGAGCAAUCACUAUUGAACGCUUCAUGGAGAUUAUCCUAGCAAGUAUUCAACAAAAGACUACCACCACAAUAACCACAACAUCUUCAGUGUCAACAUGCACACCACCACCUGAGACAAAGUCAGAGAAAACAACCAUCACCACAACAACCACAGAGACAAGCUUCCAUGGUAUCAGGAAGAAUGUCACCGCUGGCGAGCUGCUUGCCUCAAAAAUCAUUGACAAGAAACUCUAUGAAGACCUCAACACAGGAAAAGUCACAGUGAACCAAGUGAGUGAAAUGGACUCAGUACACAAGUACUUGGAGGGAACUAAUAGCAUUGCAGGUGUAUAUGUUCAGUCCACCAAACAGACCAUGAGCAUCUACGAGGCCAAAUCCAAAGGUCUUCUAACUCCUGGGACCUCUCUGGUUCUGCUGGAGGCUCAAGCUGCCACUGGAUUUGUCAUUGACCCAGUGAAGAACAAGAAGCUCUCUGUAGAAGAGGCAUCCGCUCAAGGUGUGGUUGGGAACGAGUGGAAGAACAAACUGCUUUCAGCAGAGAGGGCAGUCACUGGAUACAAAGAUCCCUACACAGGAAACACAAUUUCCUUGUUCCAGGCCUUGAAAAAGGAUCUAAUUGUCAAGGACCAUGGAAUUCGCCUUCUUGAGGCACAGAUUGCAACUGGUGGAAUCAUCGAUCCAGUGUACAGUCAUAGAGUGCCAGUAGAGGUGGCGUACCAGAGAGGAUACUUUGAUGAGGAAAUGAACCAGAUCCUCGAUGACCCUGACGAUGACACCAAGGGCUUUUUUGACCCCAACACACAAGAAAACCUCACCUACCUGCAGCUUGUGGAGAGGUGUGUGACAGACCCAGAUACUGGCCUUAGCUUACUUGUAAUUGUCAAAAAAGGAGAGUUUUACUUCUUCAUUGAUGAGCAAACCAAGAACAUUCUAAAGGCUAUGACAACAACUAAGGCCGGAGGCAAAUUUCAAGGACAGAAAGUGUCUCUAUGGGAUCUCCUCUACUCAAAAUACAUCACAGAGGAGAGAAGGAGAGAGCUUGUGCAGCAGUAUAAAUCCGGAGCAAUCACUAUUGAACGCUUCAUGGAGAUUAUCCUAGCAAGUAUUCAACAAAAGACUACCACCACAAUAACCACAACAUCUUCAGUGUCAACAUGCACACCACCACCUGAGACAAAGUCAGAGAAAACAACCAUCACCACAACAACCACAGAGACAAGCUUCCAUGGUAUCAGGAAGAAUGUCACCGCUGGCGAGCUGCUUGCCUCAAAAAUCAUUGACAAGAAACUCUAUGAAGACCUCAACACAGGAAAAGUCACAGUGAACCAAGUGAGUGAAAUGGACUCAGUACACAAGUACUUGGAGGGAACUAAUAGCAUUGCAGGUGUAUAUGUUCAGUCCACCAAACAGACCAUGAGCAUCUACGAGGCCAAAUCCAAAGGUCUUCUAACUCCUGGGACCUCUCUGGUUCUGCUGGAGGCUCAAGCUGCCACUGGAUUUGUCAUUGACCCAGUGAAGAACAAGAAGCUCUCUGUAGAAGAGGCAUCCGCUCAAGGUGUGGUUGGGAACGAGUGGAAGAACAAACUGCUUUCAGCAGAGAGGGCAGUCACUGGAUACAAAGAUCCCUACACAGGAAACACAAUUUCCUUGUUCCAGGCCUUGAAAAAGGAUCUAAUUGUCAAGGACCAUGGAAUUCGCCUUCUUGAGGCACAGAUUGCAACUGGUGGAAUCAUCGAUCCAGUGUACAGUCAUAGAGUGCCAGUAGAGGUGGCGUACCAGAGAGGAUACUUUGAUGAGGAAAUGAACCAGAUCCUCGAUGACCCUGACGAUGACACCAAGGGCUUUUUUGACCCCAACACACAAGAAAACCUCACCUACCUGCAGCUUGUGGAGAGGUGUGUGACAGACCCAGAUACUGGCCUUAGCUUACUUGUAAUUGUCAAAAAAGGAGAGUUUUACUUCUUCAUUGAUGAGCAAACCAAGAACAUUCUAAAGGCUAUGACAACAACUAAGGCCGGAGGCAAAUUUCAAGGACAGAAAGUGUCUCUAUGGGAUCUCCUCUACUCAAAAUACAUCACAGAGGAGAGAAGGAGAGAGCUUGUGCAGCAGUAUAAAUCCGGAGCAAUCACUAUUGAACGCUUCAUGGAGAUUAUCCUAGCAAGUAUUCAACAAAAGACUACCACCACAAUAACCACAACAUCUUCAGUGUCAACAUGCACACCACCACCUGAGACAAAGUCAGAGAAAACAACCAUCACCACAACAACCACAGAGACAAGCUUCCAUGGUAUCAGGAAGAAUGUCACCGCUGGCGAGCUGCUUGCCUCAAUCAUUGACAAGAAACUCUAUGAAGACCUCAACACAGGAAAAGUCACAGUGAACCAAGUGAGUGAAAUGGACUCAGUACACAAGUACUUGGAGGGAACUAAUAGCAUUGCAGGUGUAUAUGUUCAGUCCACCAAACAGACCAUGAGCAUCUACGAGGCCAAAUCCAAAGGUCUUCUAACUCCUGGGACCUCUCUGGUUCUGCUGGAGGCUCAAGCUGCCACUGGAUUUGUCAUUGACCCAGUGAAGAACAAGAAGCUCUCUGUAGAAGAGGCAUCCGCUCAAGGUGUGGUUGGGAACGAGUGGAAGAACAAACUGCUUUCAGCAGAGAGGGCAGUCACUGGAUACAAAGAUCCCUACACAGGAAACACAAUUUCCUUGUUCCAGGCCUUGAAAAAGGAUCUAAUUGUCAAGGACCAUGGAAUUCGCCUUCUUGAGGCACAGAUUGCAACUGGUGGAAUCAUCGAUCCAGUGUACAGUCAUAGAGUGCCAGUAGAGGUGGCGUACCAGAGAGGAUACUUUGAUGAGGAAAUGAACCAGAUCCUCGAUGACCCUGACGAUGACACCAAGGGCUUUUUUGACCCCAACACACAAGAAAACCUCACCUACCUGCAGCUUGUGGAGAGGUGUGUGACAGACCCAGAUACUGGCCUUAGCUUACUUGUAAUUGUCAAAAAAGGAGAGUUUUACUUCUUCAUUGAUGAGCAAACCAAGAACAUUCUAAAGGCUAUGACAACAACUAAGGCCGGAGGCAAAUUUCAAGGACAGAAAGUGUCUCUAUGGGAUCUCCUCUACUCAAAAUACAUCACAGAGGAGAGAAGGAGAGAGCUUGUGCAGCAGUAUAAAUCCGGAGCAAUCACUAUUGAACGCUUCAUGGAGAUUAUCCUAGCAAGUAUUCAACAAAAGACUACCACCACAAUAACCACAACAUCUUCAGUGUCAACAUGCACACCACCACCUGAGACAAAGUCAGAGAAAACAACCAUCACCACAACAACCACAGAGACAAGCUUCCAUGGUAUCAGGAAGAAUGUCACCGCUGGCGAGCUGCUUGCCUCAAAAAUCAUUGACAAGAAACUCUAUGAAGACCUCAACACAGGAAAAGUCACAGUGAACCAAGUGAGUGAAAUGGACUCAGUACACAAGUACUUGGAGGGAACUAAUAGCAUUGCAGGUGUAUAUGUUCAGUCCACCAAACAGACCAUGAGCAUCUACGAGGCCAAAUCCAAAGGUCUUCUAACUCCUGGGACCUCUCUGGUUCUGCUGGAGGCUCAAGCUGCCACUGGAUUUGUCAUUGACCCAGUGAAGAACAAGAAGCUCUCUGUAGAAGAGGCAUCCGCUCAAGGUGUGGUUGGGAACGAGUGGAAGAACAAACUGCUUUCAGCAGAGAGGGCAGUCACUGGAUACAAAGAUCCCUACACAGGAAACACAAUUUCCUUGUUCCAGGCCUUGAAAAAGGAUCUAAUUGUCAAGGACCAUGGAAUUCGCCUUCUUGAGGCACAGAUUGCAACUGGUGGAAUCAUCGAUCCAGUGUACAGUCAUAGAGUGCCAGUAGAGGUGGCGUACCAGAGAGGAUACUUUGAUGAGGAAAUGAACCAGAUCCUCGAUGACCCUGACGAUGACACCAAGGGCUUUUUUGACCCCAACACACAAGAAAACCUCACCUACCUGCAGCUUGUGGAGAGGUGUGUGACAGACCCAGAUACUGGCCUUAGCUUACUUGUAAUUGUCAAAAAAGGAGAGUUUUACUUCUUCAUUGAUGAGCAAACCAAGAACAUUCUAAAGGCUAUGACAACAACUAAGGCCGGAGGCAAAUUUCAAGGACAGAAAGUGUCUCUAUGGGAUCUCCUCUACUCAAAAUACAUCACAGAGGAGAGAAGGAGAGAGCUUGUGCAGCAGUAUAAAUCCGGAGCAAUCACUAUUGAACGCUUCAUGGAGAUUAUCCUAGCAAGUAUUCAACAAAAGACUACCACCACAAUAACCACAACAUCUUCAGUGUCAACAUGCACACCACCACCUGAGACAAAGUCAGAGAAAACAACCAUCACCACAACAACCACAGAGACAAGCUUCCAUGGUAUCAGGAAGAAUGUCACUGCUGGCGAGCUGCUUGCCUCAAAAAUCAUUGACAAGAAACUCUAUGAAGACCUCAACACAGGAAAAGUCACAGUGAACCAAGUGAGUGAAAUGGACUCAGUACACAAGUACUUGGAGGGAACUAAUAGCAUUGCAGGUGUAUAUGUUCAGUCCACCAAACAGACCAUGAGCAUCUACGAGGCCAAAUCCAAAGGUCUUCUAACUCCUGGGACCUCUCUGGUUCUGCUGGAGGCUCAAGCUGCCACUGGAUUUGUCAUUGACCCAGUGAAGAACAAGAAGCUCUCUGUAGAAGAGGCAUCCGCUCAAGGUGUGGUUGGGAACGAGUGGAAGAACAAACUGCUUUCAGCAGAGAGGGCAGUCACUGGAUACAAAGAUCCCUACACAGGAAACACAAUUUCCUUGUUCCAGGCCUUGAAAAAGGAUCUAAUUGUCAAGGACCAUGGAAUUCGCCUUCUUGAGGCACAGAUUGCAACUGGUGGAAUCAUCGAUCCAGUGUACAGUCAUAGAGUGCCAGUAGAGGUGGCGUACCAGAGAGGAUACUUUGAUGAGGAAAUGAACCAGAUCCUCGAUGACCCUGACGAUGACACCAAGGGCUUUUUUGACCCCAACACACAAGAAAACCUCACCUACCUGCAGCUUGUGGAGAGGUGUGUGACAGACCCAGAUACUGGCCUUAGCUUACUUGUAAUUGUCAAAAAAGGAGAGUUUUACUUCUUCAUUGAUGAGCAAACCAAGAACAUUCUAAAGGCUAUGACAACAACUAAGGCCGGAGGCAAAUUUCAAGGACAGAAAGUGUCUCUAUGGGAUCUCCUCUACUCAAAAUACAUCACAGAGGAGAGAAGGAGAGAGCUUGUGCAGCAGUAUAAAUCCGGAGCAAUCACUAUUGAACGCUUCAUGGAGAUUAUCCUAGCAAGUAUUCAACAAAAGACUACCACCACAAUAACCACAACAUCUUCAGUGUCAACAUGCACACCACCACCUGAGACAAAGUCAGAGAAAACAACCAUCACCACAACAACCACAGAGACAAGCUUCCAUGGUAUCAGGAAGAAUGACGCUGGCGAGCUGCUUGCCUCAAAAAUCAUUGACAAGAAACUCUAUGAAGACCUCAACACAGGAAAAGUCACAGUGAACCAAGUGAGUGAAAUGGACUCAGUACACAAGUACUUGGAGGGAACUAAUAGCAUUGCAGGUGUAUAUGUUCAGUCCACCAAACAGACCAUGAGCAUCUACGAGGCCAAAUCCAAAGGUCUUCUAACUCCUGGGACCUCUCUGGUUCUGCUGGAGGCUCAAGCUGCCACUGGAUUUGUCAUUGACCCAGUGAAGAACAAGAAGCUCUCUGUAGAAGAGGCAUCCGCUCAAGGUGUGGUUGGGAACGAGUGGAAGAACAAACUGCUUUCAGCAGAGAGGGCAGUCACUGGAUACAAAGAUCCCUACACAGGAAACACAAUUUCCUUGUUCCAGGCCUUGAAAAAGGAUCUAAUUGUCAAGGACCAUGGAAUUCGCCUUCUUGAGGCACAGAUUGCAACUGGUGGAAUCAUCGAUCCAGUGUACAGUCAUAGAGUGCCAGUAGAGGUGGCGUACCAGAGAGGAUACUUUGAUGAGGAAAUGAACCAGAUCCUCGAUGACCCUGACGAUGACACCAAGGGCUUUUUUGACCCCAACACACAAGAGAACCUCACCUACUUGCAGCUUCUGGAGAGGUGUGUGACAGACCCAGACACUGGUCUUAGCUUUCUGUCUCUGAAUAAAUGAGCUUAUACUGAUUUGUCAUAAAAUUGUUAUCAAAGAUGUGCAGAUAUUUUAUCUUUAUUUUAUCAGAUAUAAAUGCUUUCUUUGUUGAUGUUUGGCGAAUUAUUCUGAAUUGAAUAUAAUAAAAAGCCAUUUUUUAAGUGAA